AACAAUGGCUGGAAGUUGGGGUUUGUGUCAGAUUUUGGCAGUUUGUGCUUUGUGUCAUGCUGUUCCUCAGCGGAAUGAUCUGCCCCAGAACACUCAAGCUCUGAUGUUCCAGCAGACUGACCAGCAGUUUCAGAAGCCAGUUCAACAGCAAACUGAACAGUGGUUUCAGAAGCCAGUUCAACAGCAGACUGACCAGCGGUUUCAGAAGCUAGUUCAACAGCAAAUGCCAGUUCAAAAGCAAACUGACCAGUGGUUUCAGAAGCCAGUUCAACAGCAGACUGACCAGCGGUUUCAGAAGCUAGUUCAACAGCAAACGCCAGUUACACAGCAGACUGACCAGCGGUUUCAGAAGCUAGUUCAACAGCAAAUGCCAGUUCAACAGCAGACUGACCAGCGGUUUCAGAAGCUAGUUCAACAGCAAACGCCAGUUCAACAGCAAACUGACCAGCGGUUUCAGAAGCCAGUUCAACAGCAGACUGACCAGUGGUUUCAGAAGCCAGUUCAACAGCAGACUGACCAGCGGUUUCAGAAGCUAGUUCAACAGCAAACGCCAGUUCAAAAGCAAACUGACCAGUGGUUUCAGAAGCCAGUUCAACAGCAGACUGACCAGCGGUUUCAGAAGCCAGUUCAACAGCAGACUGACCAGUGGUUUCAGAAGCUAGUUCAACAGCAAACGCCAGUUCAACAGCAGACUGACCAGCGGUUUCAGAAGCUAGUUCAACAGCAAACGCCAGUUCAACAGCAGACUGACCAGUGGUUUCAGAAGCCAGUUCAACAGCAGACUGACCAGCGGUUUCAGAAGCUAGUUCAACAGCAAACGCCAGUUCAACAGCAAACUGACCAGCGGUUUCAGAAGCCAGUUCAACAGCAAAUGCCAGUUCAACAGCAGACUGACCAGCGGUUUCAGAAGCCAGUUCAACAGCAAAUGCCAGUUCAACAGCAGACUGACCAGUGGUUUCAGAAGCCAGUUCAACAGCAGACUGACCAGUGGCUUCAGAAGCCAGUUCAACAGCAGACUGACCAGUGGCUUCAGAAGCCAGUUCAACAGCAAACUGACCAGCGGUUUCCUCCGCAGUUUCAGCUUCAGAAGCCAGUGGCGCAGGCAGAGCCCCUUGAUAAAUGUGUUGUAGCUGAUUAUGAGCAAAUCCAAUGCGGACAACCUGGGAUCAGUGGUGCUGAGUGUGACGCAAUGAACUGCUGCUUUAAUGGACAGCAGUGUUACUAUGGGAGAGCAGUGACUGUCCAGUGUAUUAGAGAUGGUCAGUUUGUGGUAGUGGUGUCUAGAGACGUUACUCUGCCUCGACUGAGUCUGGAUUCGGUUCGUCUACUGGGUGGAAACGACCCACCUUGCGGUCCUGUGGAGUCCACACCUUCUUUUGCUAUAUACCAGUUCCCUGUGACCGCAUGUGGCACGAGCAUGAUGGAGGAUAGUGGAUAUGUGGUGUAUGAGAACAGCAUGACCUCCUCAUAUGAAGUAGGGAUUGGACCGUUCGGUGCCAUCACAAGGGACAGUCACUUUGAGCUUCUCUUCCAGUGUAGGUACUCUGGAACUUCUGUUGAAGCUCUGGUUGUGGAGGUCAACUCUGUUCCUCCACCUCCACCAGUAGCUGCUCCUGGACCUCUCAGGGUGGAGCUCAGACUGGCCAAUGGCCAAUGUGUCACCAAAGGCUGUGCUGAAGGGGAUGAGGCCUACACGUCCUACUACAGUGAUGCUGAUUAUCCUGUCACAAAAGUCCUGCGAGAGCCUGUGUAUGUUGAGGUGCGCAUUAUGGAGAGGACUGACCCCAACAUUUUCCUGAUACUGGGACAUUGUUGGGCGACUUCAACCCCCAGUCCACUCAGUCUCCCCCAGUGGGACCUUCUGAUCGAUGGAUGCCCUUACCAGGAUGACCGUUAUCUGACCACACUGGUUCCAGUGACUGGCUCAUCUGGUCUUCAGUUCCCAACCCACUACAAGCGCUUUGUUGUGAAGAUGUUCACAUUUGUAGAUCCAGCUCCUCUGCAGGAAACCGUAUGCUCUCUAGCUCUUCCUGAACCCUUAAUAUUACACUUAAUUCUUAAAUGGAUUCUAUGGCUUAACUCUUUUCCCCUCUCAGAUCUUCAUCCACUGCAGUACAGAGGUGUGUCAUCCCUCUUCUGGCUCCUGUGAGCAAAGCUGCACCAG